AUGGCUGAGGACAGAUCAGGUUCAAUCACAAUGGAAAUCCUGUCUAAACUUCAGGGUAAUGACCAUGAGCUACCAAGGGCAGAACUUGCACUAGUGGCGGCGUGGUACAUUUGGUGGCAGCGAAGGCAAAUCGCCAAAGGUAUAGAGGUCCAAGAUUCGUCGAAAACGGCACUAGCGAUUAGAGUUCUGACGACGAAUUACUUGCGAUCUGCGUCUUCCAAGGGCACAACAAGGACAAUCGAUCAGAUUUGGAAGAAGCCAAGUCGGGGGAUAGUAAAGAUUAAUGUUGAUGCUUCGUUCCAAUAUGAAACACUCUCGGGUGCGAGUGGUGCAGUGGCCCGGGAUGAUCAAGGUGUUUUUAUAGCUGCAGCAAAUUGGUACAUUCCAGUAGUAACAGGGGUGGACAGCGCUGAACUAAUGGCUAUCAGGAAUGGCCUUUGCCUUGCAGCCAACAUCGGGUGUAACAUGAUUGAACUGGAGUCAGAUUCGUCAUUCGUGGUGGACUCGAUGAACCAAAUUUAUGAUUAUAUGGGGCCGGAUAUAGCUAUCAUCAUGGAGUGCAAGCAACUAAUGAUGGACUUCGCGUCAGUAUCUUUCAAGCACUGCUACAGAGAAGCUAACCAAGUGGCGGAUGAACUAGCAAAGAACUCUUUCAUGAAUAGAGUUUCUGGGUUUUGGGAUGUGAUCCCUGUUUCCAAUCUCAUUGUAAACGACAUGUCUAUUGUUUGA